AAUUGGGUGUGGAACCAGUUCUUUGUGCUGGAGGAGUACACAGGCAAUGACCCCCUUUACGUGGGCAAGCUGCACUCAGAUGUGGAUAAGGGAGAUGGAAACGUGAAGUAUGUUCUGACGGGAGAGGGAGCCUCCUCCAUUUUCACCAUCGAUGAAAGUACCGGUGACAUCCACGCUACCAAACGCCUGGACCGAGAGGAGCAGGGCUACUACACGCUCAGGGCCCAGGCUGUGGACCGCGAGACCAACAUACCAGUGGAGGAUGAGUCAGAAUUCAUUGUCAAGGUCCAAGACAUCAAUGACAAUGAACCCAAGUUCCUGGAUGGCCCCUACACAGCAGGAGUACCUGAAAUGUCUCCCAUCGGCAUAGUGAGGACAGCCUUACCUGACAUGGACCGGGAGACCCGAGACCAGUAUGUAUUAGUCAUCCAGGCCAAAGACAUGGUGGGGCAGAUGGGUGGCCUCUCUGGUACCACUUCUGUCACUGUCACGCUCACCGAUGUCAACGACAACCCGCCACGCUUCUCUCGAAAAUCCUAUCAGUACACUGUACUGGAGUCUCUGCCCCUCGCUUCAGUGGUGGCCAGGCUGAAAGCCACUGACGCAGACAUUGGCUCCAAUGCUGAGAUGGACUACAGGAUUGUGGAUGGGGAUGGCCCAGGCAUGUUCAAGAUUACCACUGAUGAGGAAACACAAGAGGGGGUCAUCGUUCUGCAGAAGCCUCUAGACUUUGAAACAAAGAGCAACUUCUCUCUAAGGAUUGAGGCCACCAACAGAAAUAUUGACCCCCAGUUCCUGAGCCUCGGCCCGUUCAGUGACAUCACUGCAGUGAGAUUGAUGGUGGAGGACGUGAAUGAGCCGCCUGUCUUUUCCACACCCCUCAGUAAGAUGGUGGUCUCUGAGGCGGCCAAGGUGGGCACCAUCAUCGGAUCAGUUUCUGCCCACGAUCCAGACUCCUCCAACAGCGCCAUCAGGUACUCCAUUGACCGGAAUACCGACCUGGAGCGUUUCUUCAAUGUGGAUGCUCAAUCGGGAGUAAUCAGCACAGCCAAACCGCUGGACCGUGAGGUGAACUCAGUCCACAACAUCACCAUCUUCGCCAUGGAGAGCCAGGAUCCGUCGCAGGUGGGACGGGGUGUGGCCCUCAUCACGGUGAUGGAUAUCAAUGACAAUGCUCCAGUGUUCGCCAUUGACUAUGAAACCCUCCUGUGUGAAAACACUGCACCUGGACAGGUCAUCCAGACCAUCAGCGCCGUGGACAAAGAUGAACCACCAAGUGGCCAUCGCUUCUACUUCUCUCUCGCUGCGCCUGCCGUUGGAAACCACAAUUUCACCCUCCGAGACAACAAAGAUAACACGGCGUCUGUGCUCACAAAGCGAGGGGGUUUCCGGAGGAGGGAACAGGCUCUGUACCGACUGCCCGUUCUCAUCGUUGACAGCGGAACCCCGGCUCUUAGCAGCACGAACACGCUGUCGGUGCGCGUGUGUGACUGUGACGGAGAUGGCGUGCCCCAGGCGUGCGGCGCGGUGGCCUAUUCUCUCCCAGCGGGCCUCAGCACCGGAGCGCUGCUUGCCAUCCUGGGCUGCAUCCUUACACUGCUGGUGCUGGUUUUACUGAUUGUUACCAUGCGGCGCAGGAAAAAAGAGCCCUUGAUUCUGGAAGACGAGAGGGACGUUCGUGAGAACAUUGUCCGCUACGACGACGAGGGUGGAGGUGAAGAGGACACGGAGGCCUUUGACAUGGUCACCCUUCGUAACCUCAACGUCAUCCGAGACCCCAAAGUUCGACGAGACGUCACCCCCGAGACCCCCGCCUAUUUCCCUUAUCCUCCGGCUUCGAGCGUCUCCCGUCAGGCUUACAAGAGCCUUCCAGACAACGUGCUGUUUCGGGAGUUUAUCUGGGACAGGUUGAAGGAUGCCGACAUGGACCCUACAGCCCCGCCUUACGACUCCCUGCAGACAUAUGCCUUUGAGGGCAGUGGCUCAGUGGCAGAGUCCCUGAGCUCUCUGGAGUCACUCAGCACAGACUCGGAGCAGAACUAUGACUACCUCAGCAACUGGGGGCCGCGCUUCAAAAAGCUGGCCGACCUGUACGGAAAUAUGGAAGGGAGCGGAGUCUUCUCAUAG